UGCUUUAUAAAUGGCUGUUUGCUUACGAAGUGAUAGAAGUACUGAUGUAGAACAGAUAACUUGCACUAGUUGCGUGCCUUCCAUGUGUUCCAUGACCAGGUAUUGCCUUUUUUACAUACGUAAUGCCAAAAAGAGCUCCCGGUAACGAAAGCACAGGACCCAGUCCAAAGCGAUCGAAAUCCGAUGCGCCUCCGUCAGGGAAGCGCAAGAAAGGUCGCCUGGCAUCUCCCCCAUUGAGCAUCAGUGUGGUCAAAUGGGAAUGCGUGGAUGGUGAUGAGCAGCUGGGUACGGCACACAUCGCCUCAUCUUAUCAGAUUGCUGAGCCCACCCUGCCCAGCUGGAAGCAGAUUUUUGCUCACCACCGCAAGGAUACCGCUUCCUGUGACCUUGCCAUCACAACGAAGGAUGGCGCGGAGAUCCUGGCACACAGCCUGAUUCUUCGUAUUCGGAUACCGUUCUUUGAAUCGUAUCUCCCGGUGUUCAAACCUUUAUCGGGAGAAACGACGACACGCCCGUCGCCCAUAAUCAUCACGGCGGGGUGGGUUGACCGACCCACGCUGAAUCAAAUUUUGGAUUUCGCGUAUUUUGUCAUCCCUUCCGAAGGCUUAUCGGACGACCAACUGCAGCCCGUUUUUGCAGCGGCACUGCACAUGCAGUGGGCCGAACUGGAAGCAGCCUGUGAAGAGCAAUUCCAGCAAAGACUGCAAACUGGCAACUGUUUAAGUUGGUUAGAGUGGGCAGUUCAAAAUAAAAACGAGACGGUCAAAAAUCGUGCCGCUAAUUUUGCUGCAACUAAUAUGGAUGCGCUGCAAGAUCUGCACGAAAUGGAACUUAAACAGAUCUCCUUAGAAGCCCAUUUGGCAAUAAUAAAAACAAUCUAGCGAAAA